CCACAGGCCAAUAUGACGCUUGUUGGGCCUUGGACGAAUGUAGUAUCGUCUUCACAGACAUAACCAACUGCUACAAGGCAUUUGGCACGAUAACAGACCCCACAGAUCCCUGGCUCGAGAGCAACGUAUACAAGCAAUGUCUUUGCCGAGACAAGGGCACGCAGUAUAAGAAGUGCGUUCCCCUGCUCCCAAAGCUCUUAUCGACACCCUCCAAGCUAACCGCCACAUCACAACCAUAGUAUACUAACGCCACCACGCCUCCCUCCUUUCUCACCAAUUCAAAACUGCAUAUCCUGCUUCGCCCAAGCCGGCAAGUCCGCCUUCGCACCCACCAGCCCCAUCCAAAAAUGGACAUGGGCCAUCAACGACUUCUGCAACACUCUCCAACCAAACCUCUACCUCUUCCUUACCGCCACACUAACCUUCAUGCAAGACACACACCAACCGCCGUCCUUCUCUCAACUCCCCGCCCAAGUGUCCGACAUAACGACGCUCGCGGAUCGCUUCACGUCGCAGCCAGGCAUGAACGUGCCGUCUACCACGCCGCCAGGCGUCACUCGACCGGCGGCUCCGACAGAGUGGUGGGCAAGUGAGUUAACGCGUGGUGCUGUGGUUCCGACGGAGUAUCUCGCUCAGCUGCCGGUGCAUUGGCCGUAUACGAGGUUUGGGGCAGCAAGACGGCCGCGUGUGGUGGCGACGUGGGCGUUUACACAUCCGAAUGUUACGGGUCAGACCGUUGCGCUACUGUAUCAUUCUAUGCUGUGGAAUCCGAGACCGUUAUAUACUUCGUCUGGUCACGGCUCAAGCGGGAAUGCGUCGGCGAGGAAUCCCCUGUUGGAGGGCUGGACCCAUGCUUUUGUUACUACUUCGAUGGAUAAUUUUCCACUCAAGGAGUUGGUUGUGUCGUCAACAGCAAUGGUGGCGAUGCGUUCAGCCGACUCACAUUCUCUGAUACCGAUAGAGAUCAUGGCUGUGGAACCUUCGCAGACUGAUGAGGCAGUCUUGGGUGUUGCGGAAGCCAAAGGGCAGACGAAGACGACCAGUAGGUUUGCUGUUCCGGAGGUGACGACAGAGUCUUAAAUGUUAGAAGACUCGUUGAGUAUGGCGUGGAAUUGGCUGACCGAGUCCUGAGCUGGAAAGUUGGAAUAUGUGGGUAGUAAGAUCUCUUAGUAUUGUAAUCUCUUAACGGUACUAUUUUUGUCACAAUGUUCGGUAUUUUUCGCAAUCGUAAGAGCACAUAUAUUAGCUUGCCGUUAGUCUAUUAUAGAUAUAAGAUGGACUUCACGAACUGAAAUGAAACCCACAUAUACUCUUUGGUGUUCUUAAAAUUCUCAAGAUCAUGCGCCAUAUAGUGCUCUCAGUGGAUUGGGUGGCGAAGGCAAGUUAUCGAUUGGCAAUUCGUACUUGUAGGUCAGAUGGAGUCUAUGUCCGCCAGAUUGAGGAACAUGUUGACAU